AUUGGAAGCGGUCUGAUAUUAAUAGAUAAGUCGUGUCAGUAUAUGGAGAAACCUACAAUGUGCACAAAAGCUGUUUGAACUCACCCACUCAUUAGGUUGUUGCUAUGCAAAACAUCCUUGUGUCAUUCCUCCCAACAUGUAUAAGACAGGAGCUCACAAUGGUAACCACACACAGACUCAGACACAGACUUGACAAACUGCUAACAGAUUAGGGAAGGUUCAGCCAAUGCUGCAGCUGAUGAACUUCCAGAACUGAGAGGAUGAACCACCUGUGGAAGGUCCAGCAGCUGUCGCUCGUUGUCCUCUUGCUGUGGAGUUUUUCAGAUGCACAACGAGUCACAAAAGUGACACCGAAGACAGGGAGCACAAAUGGAGCAACAAGACUAACAAUUGAAGGAGAAGGAUUCGCCCAGGAAAACCAGUUCAACCUCAACCCCGACAGCAAGGACUUUGGUAACAGCGUCUAUCUGGUGUCCGACACCAGAUCCAUUCCCUGUGAUGUGGAAAGGGACUCCACCCACGGCAACCAGAUCAUGUGCUACACCAGACCUAUGCCCAUUGAUGACUAUGUGGUUCGAGUCAGCGUGGAUGGGGUGCCCAUUCCCGAAAGUAGCAUCUGUAAUGGAGAUUACAAACCUUACUGGUGCAGCUUCUAUCCUCGGAACUAUCGCACUCCCACAAUCACCAGUAUUGAACCCACCUCUGGUUUACCAGGCACACUGAUCACAAUGCGUGGCCGCAUCUUCACUGAUGUGUAUGGGAGCAAUACCGCCACGAGCUCCAAUGGUCUGGAUGUCAGGGUUCUGAGAUCUUACAUUGGGGGAAUGCCAUGUGAACUGCUGAAGCCUAACUCUGAUGAGCUAUAUGGUCUCACUUUAGACAGCGAGUAUAGCCAGUGGGGAACCCUGACCUGCAAAAUGACUGGAACAUAUGUUGGGCACCACAAUCUAAGUUACAUUCUGGACAGCUACUAUGGAAGGAGUUCACCAGAUCUGUCAGUGUUUUCUGUGUCGUCUUUGAACAAGUUGGCAAUGUUUCAGAGUUAUGCAGUGGUCAACAGAGUCUCUCCUUCUAUGGGAAGCUUACAAGGUGGAACAAUACUGACUAUUGAGGGACGCUACUUUGACCAAACAGAUCAACCAGCGGUUGUUUUAGUUGGAGGCCGUGAUUGUGAAAUUCUGAGCUUAUCUGAUGGAAGAAUCACCUGUAGGGUCCCUGCGUUCCAGAUGAGCAACAUGACAGUCUUUCCAGGUGGCCGAGGCCUGAAGAUGGAAACAUGGAAUGACAGCAUACCCAAUCAACUGGACCAAGCGCUGAACUACAAUGAGAACAGAACUGGGUACUCGGUGGAUUGGGUGGACUCCCUGUUCCACACCUGGCCUGUGGAGCUGGACUACUUUGUCGGUCGAUUAAGUGGCUUCCUAGUCCUCCCAGAAACUGACAACUAUACCUUCUACAUCAGAGGGGAUGACUACUUUGCACUCUAUUUUAGCCAUACCGGCCUCCCCCAGGACAAGGUGAAGAUAGCCUACCGGAAUUUCUAUUCUCCCAGCUUUUACCAAGUCAGCUCGCAGAAAUCUAAUACCAUGAAACUGGAAAAAGGAAAGCCGUACUACAUAGAGGUUUUGAUGCAAGACUUCCGUAUAGGUGGUUUUGUAGAUGUUGGCUUCUUUAAAGAGAAGAGCCCUUUCACAGAACAGCAAUCCCCAGAGGCUGUCAAUGAAGUGCAGGUCAUCAGGGCCGUCUAUGAUGUACUGGAUGAAAGACAGGUGAUUAGCUUUGAGAACUGGGCCACCACAGUGCCUGUGAGGGAAAUACAGAAGGUGACUGUUACCAGCGGCUGUUUUGACCUGGGCAACUGUGACUACACCUUCUACAGCCUCAUCUACAGCUCCCAGAGAACAGGACCAAUCUCAGUCAGCGCCUCAGCACAGGAAAUAGAGACUGCCUUGAAUUCUCUGUGGUCAAUUAAACCAGACACAGUUCGUGUGACAAAAGCUGACAUCGACGGAGGAUCAGAGUACACUGUUACAUUCGAAUCCAGAAGAGGUGACUUCCGGAGCUUUGGCUACGAGACCGCAGAGGCUGAUGUGAAUAUCACAGUCACUGAGCAGACUAAAGGAAGACCCAGCCUGGAAACAUUCACGCUGGAGUGGGGCGGAAUCGCAUCCAGGCCCAUCGACUUCAACGCAUCCGAGUCCCAGGUGCAGGCAGCCCUAAUGGAAAUGCUGAGUGCUGAGUGUCCCAGCGAGAUCCAGGCCAUGGAGAAUAAUGAAGUGAAAUACUUCAGAGACUAUGAAGAGGACCCCCUUUCAGUUUUGGACAGUGGGAGAGGGACACGAGUAUCAGACACCGAUGCUUUCUGCGGGCGCUGGUCCCUCAUGAACCCAGAGACCCUCUUCCUGUCCACUGACGCCAGGGCAUCGGGGGACAGCUAUGGAGCUCUGGCUCUCCAGCAGUACAGCAUGCUCUGCUUCGCAUACAAAGGAUAUCUACAAAAUGGGAUUGGAGUUAGAUUUUCUUACCUAAUGAGUCCAGGAGGUACAUACACUGAACUACACAGGGUCCCAGUGCUGUUCACCAAGGGAAAUGAUUGGGGCUACACCUGUGUUGACCUGCUGACACCGCUGCAGUCAGCAUAUGCUGGAAGUGACUUCAAGCUCCUAGACCUCUACCUCUACAGAGAAACCCCAAGUCAGGAUUUCUAUGUGGAUGUUGUUUAUCUUGGGAGAAGAGCCACAACACUCAAUGUCAACGCUGUUGUCCAGACACGGAAGCCCCCAGCUCUGGUAAGCUUGGGCCUCUUCGUUGAACAGAUCUCAGUGCUGAAAUCGCAAGGACCAGAGGCCUCCCGUGUCAGCUAUGACAUCACUGCCACGCCCUACAACUGCGGCCAUGAUUUCCCUCUGAUGGCCAUCAGGUUCCUACAGAAGGUGUCUAACAGCAGUGAGGACUUGGCAGUGUUUGGGGAGGGAGGUGCAGGUGUCACUGUGACCAGAGUUCAGAGAGCCAGUCCCCCGUUGUCUGGCACCUUUGAUGUGGAGGUUUAUGGCAAACGCAUUGAAGGCCUGCCAGUCAACAUGUCAGCGGAAGACCUCCAGUACGCCUUGCAGGGGAUCCCAGAGAUGGGUCAGCUUCAAGUGACCCGCUCUGGAAGCUGCAAGGGCCACAACUGGAGAGUGAAGUAUCUGUCCAACCCUGGGAGUCAGCCGGUCAUUGAGAUCAACAGCUCCUCUGUUGUGGGGGUGAACCCGCGAAUGAGAGUCAACGUUCAGAUACAGGGAGGGCUGUUCAAAAGCAAGCUCCUGGGGGAUUUCCUGCGCGUGCCUGCAUCCAAACCACAGGUUGAGGUUUUAAUCAAUGGCAUCCCAUCUAAAUGCGAAGGAGACUGUGGAUUCGAAUGGAGUGCAGCCAAGACCCCAACCAUCACAGGGAUCAGCCCCUCACAAGGAUCAUACGCUCUGGGCACCAUUUUAACCAUCACGGGGACUGGUUUUGCCAGUGUUAACGCCACGGUUUUAGUCGGAGGUGUGAAGUGCUCAGUCCUGGAGCUGCAUAGCUCCUCACUGACCUGCAGAGUUGGAAACGCGAGUGCUGGCACCCACCCGGUGACUCUGAGCUUCGAUGGACUGGGUCUGGCACAACCCAGUGGAAAUGCAGGGCUCAACUUCACAAACCAAAUGGGAGUCUUCUCCAUCUCGCCAACCUCGGGGAGCAUCGCUGGAGGCAGUCUGCUAACAGUGCUUGGAUAUGGCUUCAGCAAUCACACGACGGUAAUGAUCGGUACAGCGAUGUGUGCCGUGGUCUCAGUGCAUCUGGAUGAACUGAGGUGCAGGACGCCACCGGGAGAAGCAGGAUCCUAUGAGGUGACCUUAGGGAACCACAUGUGGGAAAUGAAUGUGUCAGCAAGUGACUCCUUCACUUACGAUGACGGUUUGACACCCUGGAUUACGGAUAUGAGUCCAUUGAGAACAACUGUGCUGGGACGCACAAUUCUCACGAUCCUUGGGGCCAACCUUCAAGAUCAGGCCAAUCAGACUUCGGUUUUCGUUGGUGAGGCAGAAUGCAGGCUUGUGCAAUGGUCAUCCUACAACAUCACCUGCCAGCUGCCAGCGCUUCCCCCAGCUUUGUAUGACGUGCACGUGCAAGUAGGAAACUGGGGCUAUGCCAAAACCAACAGCAGCAUGAAUACCACGAUAGAGUACAUUCUCGAGGUGACAAGCAUCUCACCGGUACAAGGGUCCCUCUAUGGGGGCACAGAGGUGACAAUCACUGGAUCAGGGUUCAGCGCCAACAUGGCUGACAACCAAGUCACAAUGGGAAGUACACUGUGCAGAGUCACCUACGCAUCUGAGCACCAGCUAGAGUGUGUCACUGAGCCCGAAGAGCGGACCCACAUGGUGACGAAUCAAGGCUCCCACCCUGAAUUUGGGGAGGGCUACGCCUGGAGCCCCUCCUCGUUGACGGUGUCAGUGGGGGACACGGUGACGUGGCGCUGGGAGGCCCCCUCCUUCAUCCCGGGGCUGGGCUACAGAGUCUUCAGCGUCUCCACCCCCAGCAGCACCACCUACGACGGAGUGGCCUUCUCCAGCGGGGAGACCAAGACCGGGUCUGGGUUCUUCAGUUAUCGCUUCACUGCUCCCGGUGUCUACUACUAUAGCAGUGGGUAUGUGGAUGACGGGUACAGGACAUCCAUGCAAGGAGUGGUCAAGGUCAGGCCGCUGGAAGACAGGCGUAGCAGGUUCAGUGUCACCGUUGGAGGAAUGGAGGCAAAAUACACGCCUGGUGCGGAGCGCAGCCGCAGGUCUGCGCCACAGUGCAUCUCCGAAGAGCCCGAUUGCCUCGAGGACCUGGAGUCUGCUUGGGUUGAAGCCGACAGUUUCUCGUUCAGCUUUUCAGCCUGCGUGUCUCCUGCUGUUCUUCGCAUCACGCCGGACAGGGGCACCGUCCACGACAUCAUCCGCAUAGAGGGCAAGGGCUUCAGCAACACCAGCUGUGCCAACGAGGUAACAGUUGGAGGGAGUGCCUGCCAUGUGAUCAACAGCACCGAUACCGAGAUCAACUGUCGCCUCCAGCCAGACAGUGGCGUGGAGGUCGGCGUCGCCCAUCCGGUCUCUGUCCGGGUAAAUAACUUCGGCGCGGCCAUCACCUCCGCUGCCAACGAGUUUCAGCGCCGCUUUGUUGUGCUGCCCGUCAUUGACUCCGUCAGCCCCGACAUGGGGGCCACCACCGGCCACACCCGGGUCAUCAUCCGAGGCUCCGGCUUCUCGGCCGGCCCGGCUGUGACGGCGAGCUUGGCGGGGGUGCCCUGCUCCGUCCUGUCCGUCAACUACACCGCCGUCGUCUGUGACACCUCCCCCUCCGCGCCGCGCGCUGGGAACGCGGAGAUUCGUGUGGGCGGGGUAGCCACCACCUGCCACUCCAGCUGCGCCUUCCAGUACUCCUCUGUGCUGGUCCCCAGCAUCAUGGGCGUUUUCCCCAACAGCGUCAGCGGCAAUGCCACAGCGGUGACCGUCACCGGCUCAGGGUUCGGGACCCUCCUGGAUGAUGUUGCUGUCUUCGCGGGCGACGUGAUGCUCGAGGUUACCAACAUCACCGACGACAACAUAACCCUCAGCGUGGGGCCACUGCCCGCUGGCGACCACGUCCUGAAGGUGGUGAUCAUGAGCAAAGGCCUGGCCUCAGGAGUCGCCACCCUGACCAGCCUCCCCAGGGCCACGCUCACCCCGGCCUCUGGGAGCGUCAAAGGCGGGACCCCUCUGCUCAUCACGGGAAACGGCUUUGCCCCGGGGAACACCUCUGUGACUGUGGGUGGCUCAGCCUGCAGUAUCGAUUGGGUGAUGCCAGAUGAAGUACGUUGUCUAACCCCAGCUCACAGCGCGGGCAGUGUUGCAGUGCAGAUCCGAGUCUUCUCAGUGGAAUAUCCUGUGCUGAACUUCACAUAUUCCCAAGCAGCAACACCAGUCAUCACAUCGGUAACCCCACAAACAGGUUCCAGUGGGUCAGUGGUCACUAUAAUUGGAUCAGGAUUUGGCUCAGACCUCCAGCAGGUGUCUGUCACUAUCGGCAAUGCGCUGUGCAAUGUGUCUGCACUAAACGACACACAGAUACAAUGCACUGUGGGAGACCAUGCUGGAGGCAUGUUCCCGGUCAUGCUCCGCCACGCUGUCAAAGGCUACGCUGAUUCCCGGUCUGUCUUUAACUACGAACUGCUGCUUACUCGAGUCACGCCCAACGAAGGAGGCUAUGGUGGAGGUUCCAUUCUGAGUGUAGAAGGUUCCGGAUUCGACCCUAACUCUUCCCGUGUGUUGGUCUGUGGGAAAGAGUGUGAAGUGCAGAGACAAAUAUCAACAUCCACCACUGUGUACUGUGAGGCUCCAUCUUACAAUGGUACUGCAGAGCAACAGGCUUGUUUGGUGGAAGUUGUGAAUGGACACGGUUCAGUGAAUUUAACAAACGGCUUCUCUUACAAAUCCCUUCUGACACCCGUGAUCAUGGAAAUAUCUCCCCGAAGAGGGGGAACAGCCGGAGGCACCAGGCUGACAAUUACCGGCUCCAAUUUCAGCAUGAACAGCAGUGAAAUCACAGUGACGAUUGCAGGGUCUGUCUGCGAUGUUGAGUCUGCUAACAUCACCCAUAUCAUCUGCAUUACAAACGCACAGCCCAGAUCCCAGCAAACCAAAGUCAGAGUCAACAUCCAGGACAGAGGCAUUGCUAAGAUGGACCAUGCUGAUUUCUUUUAUAUCGACGUUUGGUCCUCCAAAUACACCUGGGGUGGCCUUUCCCCUCCUGAGGCAGGAACAUUCGCUGUCAUCACCAAGGGUCAAACAAUCUUGCUGGAUACCAGCACACCAGUGCUAAAGAUGCUCCUCAUUCAAGGUGGAACACUGGUGUUCGAUGAAGCAGAUAUUGAACUGCAGGCUGAGAAUAUUCUGAUCACAGAUGGUGGAGUUCUCCAGAUCGGCACAGAGGCCGCACCGUUCCAGCACAAAGCCAUCAUCACACUGCACGGGCAUCUGCGCUCCCCAGAGCUGCCUGUCUAUGGCACCAAGACUCUAGCUGUCAGAGAGGGCACCCUGGACUUGCAUGGUAUUCCUGUCCCUGUCACAUGGACCCACCUGGCUCAGACAGCAGAGGCCGGUUCGACCACGCUGACCCUGAAGCAGUCUGUAACCUGGAAGGCAGGCGAUGAGAUUGUCAUCGCCUCCACAGGCCACAGGCAUAGCCAACGGGAAAAUGAGGUGAGGACAAUAGCCUCAGUGUCAGCUGAUGGGAGGACCCUGACCCUGACGACGCCACUGACGUACGCUCAUCUGGGGGUGUCUGUCACACUGCCUGAUGGAACAGUGUUUGAAGGGAGAGCAGAGGUGGGCCUCCUCACGAGGAACAUCGUCGUUCGAGGCUCAAACAACAUUGAGUGGAAUGACCAGAUAAAGGCCUGCCCAGCUGGAUUUAACACAGGGGAAUUUGCCACCCAAACCUGUUUCCAAGGAAGAUUUGGUGAAGAGAUAGGAAGUGACCAGUUUGGUGGCUGUAUUAUGUUCCAUGCACCAAGACCAAGUGAGAACCUGGCAGUUGGAAGAAUUGAAUAUGUUGAGAUUUUCCACGCUGGCCAAGCCUUCAGGCUGGGGCGCUACCCUAUCCACUGGCAUCUCAUGGGAGACCUGCAGUAUAAGUCUUACGUCCGAGGAUGUGCAAUCCACCAGACCUACAACCGUGCAGUGACCAUCCAUAACACCCACCACCUGCUGGUGGAGAGGAACGUCAUCUACGACAUCAUGGGAGGCGCCUUCUUCAUCGAGGACGGCAUAGAGACCGGCAAUAUCCUGCAGUACAACCUGGCCGUGUUCGUGAAGCAGAGCACCAGCCUGCUGAACGAUGACGUCACCCCGGCCGCCUACUGGGUCACCAACCCCGACAACAUCAUCCGCCACAACGCGGCCGCCGGCGGCACCCACUUUGGGUUCUGGUACCGCAUGCACGACAACCCUGACGGCCCGUCCUACGAUCCCAACAUCUGCCAGAAGAGGGUCCCUCUGGGGGACUUCUUCAACAACACUGUGCACUCCCAGGGCUGGUUCGGCUUGUGGAUCUUCCAGGAGUAUUUCCCCAUGAAGGGCGGCGGCUGCCGAUCCUGGCAGCCCGAGCCGGCUGUCUUCCGCUCGCUGAUCACCUGGAACUGCGAGAAAGGGGCGGAGUGGGUGAACGUAGGGGCGGUGCACUUCAGCAACUUCCUGAUGGUCAACAACGAGAAGGCGGGCAUUGAGGCCAAGCGCAUCCUCCCCGCCUACGUCAGAGGCUGGGGGGAGGCCAGCGGGGCGGUGGUCAAGAACAGCACCAUCGUGGGUCACGUGGACGAGCUGGGCCUCGGCGGCGGAUACUGCUCCACCCGCGGUGUCAUCCUGCCGCUCGACGACGGCUUGAGCGUGUUGGCCACCACCUUCAUCAACUUCAACCGCUCGUCCUGCGCCGCCAUCGGGGUGGCCAAAAUAGACGGGACCUGCGUGGACCGCUGUGGGGGGUGGAGCGCCAGGUUCAGUGGGAUCCGGUACUUCGACAGCCCCAACAAGGCCGGCUUCAGGUGGGAGCACGAGGUGGUGCUGGUGGACAGUGACGGCUCCCUCACAGGCAACACUGACCACAAGGUGGUGCCAGUGAGUCCGCUGCUGGACCUGACUCACUGCACACAAAACGCAGAGUGGAGCGUGGGUUUCCCAGGGGCCGUUUGUGAUGACACCGUCAACUUCCACCGCCUGGCCUUCAACAACCCGUCUCCCUCUUCACUGCUUGCAAAGGAUGUCAUGCUGACCAAUGUCCAUGGCACCAGCGUAGUUCCAUUUUUGGCGAAAAGAAUGACUCACAAACCAGGCUGGAUGGCAUUGCUGCCUUCUAGAAAAAUCUACAACUGGUAUUUUGACCAGGCAGAUCAUAUCACCAACAUGUCAUUCACUGCUACGUUUUACGGGUUCAAGGAGCAAGACUACGUCAUUAUCAAGCACAACCUGACCCAGAGCCCAGACAGGUUCCGGAUCGUAGAUGACAGAAAUGGUUCAGCACAGCCCCUGGACUUCAGCAGGAAUGUGAACGGGGACUGGUACUUCAAUAAGACCACAACAACCGUCUACUACAUGGUGUCUGGGAAGCAGAGUCUGAGGAGGAGGCGUUCCAGUGUGGACCGGUCGCUGCUGGACGUAAACGUGAACUUCCAGGUGUACCGCUGCUUCUUCGAGGGCUGCAUCCCACCUCCCCCACCCCCUCCAGCCACCCUCGCGCCCGUGCCCAGCCGAAGGCCUGCAGACUUCAUUUAUUGGUCCAAUGAGACUUUCUGGAAGUCUUCUCCGGAAAACAACUUUACUGUACCAAAAGAAGGAGGCAGUGUGGUCAUCCCAUCAGGGAAAUGGCUUGUCCUGGAUGCUGAUAUUCCACCACUGAAAAAUAUUACUGUGCUUGGAGUUCUGGAAAUUCCAGACACCUUGAAUGACACAUCCACACCGGCAGCCAGGAGUGCCAGCCAGUACAGGAAAAUUGUUCUGAACGCAACCUACAUCUCCAUUCAGGGAGGACGGCUGAUUGCUGGUUGGCACGACGACCCCUUCAAAGGCGAGCUGUGGAUCGUUCUCAGAGGAAAUCACUUCACUCCAGACUGGCCACUGCCGUCCGGGCCUAACCAGGGGUCAAAGGUACUGGGUGUAUUUGGUGCUCUGGAUCUGUAUGGGAUGCCCCGCAGCGUAUACCGCACUAAACUGGCCAGCACUGCUUCCGCCGGCUCCAGCACCCUCUCUCUGCGUGAGGCUGUAGACUGGCAGGUGGGGGAUGACAUUGUCAUUUCAACCACAAGCUACGACCCCUGGGAAACGGAGACGCGGAAGAUUGCAGCCGUAUCUGCAGACGGCCAGACCUUGACCCUGAACCAGUCGCUCUCCCACACUCACAUUGGUGAGAGCUUCACUGUCCCGGGCACUGCCAGGAGUUACAGACUCGCAGCUGAUGUGGGGCUGCUGAGCAGGAACAUCAAGAUCGUUGGAGAGGACUAUCCUGGCUGGUACAGCGAGUCCUUCGGGGGCAGAGUGCUGGUCGGUUCGUUCUCAUCUCGAGGAAUCACAUACAGAGGAAGUGCCCAGAUCAGGAAUGUGGAGUUCUAUCACACAGGGCAAGAAGGUUACACAGACUUUUACGACCCACGUUACUCUGUGGCUUUCCUCAAUCUGGGGGAUGUUUCCAACAAUGACUCCUACAUCCAGGGCUGCUCUUUCCACCAUGGCUUCUCUCCGGCCAUCGGAGUUUUUGGAACCGACGGGUUGAACAUUGAUGACAACGUCAUCUAUUUCACUGUUGGAGAAGGAAUCAGAGUCUGGGGCAGUAACAACAGAGUCAGGAGGAACUUGGUCACCAUGUCUGUGUGGCCUGGAGCCUACCAAGACAGAGAAGAGGCCUUCAACAUCCAAUGGAACGCUGCCAUUGAAGUAAACGAGGGAAGGAAUGUUGUGCUGCAAGACAACAUCGUGGCCGGUUUUGAGAGAGUGGCCUAUCGCAUUGAUGGGGAACCUUGUCCAGGCGUGGUGAAUCCCGUGGAGGCGUGGUACCAGAAUGAGGCUCAUGGUGGCCUGUAUGGGGUGUAUAUGAACAAAGAUGGGCUUCCCCUUUGCUCCCUCAUCCAAGGCUUCACUGUCUGGAAGAGUUAUGAUUACGGCAUCUACUUGCAGGUGGUCAUGAGUGUCCAGAUCUCCAAUGUGAGUUUGAUCGAUAACGGCAUGGGAAUUAUGCCCAUCGUUUACACACCUCCCUCCCUGUCACAUCAGUACUCCAACAAAACAGUUCAUGUCAAGGACUCCCUGAUCGUGGGCAGCAGCCCUAACCUCAACUGCUCUGAAGGCGUCUCCUCCAGCGAUGCCAAUAUUCUGCUCAGUGCAUCGCACAGGUCCACCAGACCACCCAAUGGUGGGAGGAGUGGAAUUUGCUGGCCAACAUUUGAGUCCAGUCACAAUAAUGCACCAGAAAAACCUCAUGCCGGACUUAUGAGUUACAAUGCAAUCAGUGGGCUCCUGCUGGUGACUGACACAAUGUUCGUGGGAUUCAGGAACGUGUGCUCUGGGCAGAUAAAUGUAGCCUUCAUGACUAAUCCCUCCAACGAGGACCUGCAGCACCCGGUUCAUGUUGAGAGGUUGACACUGGUUGACAGCCAGGAGGAUGCCAAGGUGUACAUUCACAGACCGGAUGUAAGCAAGGCGAACCCCUCUGACUGUGUGGACAUGGACUGUGAUGCCAAGAAGAAAGCUCUGCUCAAGGAUCUGGAUGGCUCCUUCCUGGGUGGCGUUGGCGCUGUUGUGCCCCACUCAGAGUUUGAGUGGAACGGGGACAGCAGGAGGGGACUGGGGGACUACCGCAUCCCUAAAGUCAUGCUCACAUACCUCAACGGCAGCCGCAUCCCGGUCAACCAGAUAGCACCGAACAAAGGGAUAAUCCGAGACUCCAGCUGCACGUACAUGCCCCAUUGGCAGAGCUACAAGUGCUUCGGUUUGAACUAUGAGAUGCUGGUGAUUGAGAGUCUGGAUGAGGACACUGAGACCAGGAGACUCUCCCCAGUGGCCGUGCUUGGUGACCGCUAUGUUGACUUGCUGAACGGUCCUCAGGACCAUGGCUGGUGUGCAGGAUAUACUUGCCAGAAGAGAGUCUCUCUCUUCCACAGCAUCAUAGCCACAAAUAAGUCCUUUGAGAUCUACUUCACCAGCACCAGCCCCCAGAAGAUGCGCUUCAUGCUCCUAAAUGCAGACAGCUCCAAGGCUGUCAGAGUGGCUGUGUUCUACUCCAACCCUCAACGUUUGGACGUGUACGUCAACAACAAACUGAUAGCACCAACAAAUGCGGAGUGGAAUGCAGACAAAACUGACUACACACUCAAAGAACCUUCUUUUGAAGGGGAAUAUGUUCCACAGCUGAAUUCUACGGUCCAUGGCAGUAACUACUUCGAUGGCACCAUGAAAAUGCUGAACAUUCUGCUGCGCGGCUCCACCCCCGUGGAGAUACGCACCUCCCCCGUUCUCUUCAUCUCCUUCCGCCUGCCGGCCAUGACCGUGGACGAGUUCUACGGCGAGAACCUGGUGCGGAACCUGGCCCUCUUCCUGAAGGUCCCCGCCAACAUGAUCCGGGUCACCAAGGUGGUCCGCGAGGGCGGCGGCAGCAGCAGGCGGCGCCGGGCGGUAUCGGGCCUGACCGUGCAGGUGGAGAUCAGCCAGCCCCCAGCCCAGCAGAGCACCAACACCUCCAGCGAGGAAGAGUUCACUGCAUUGAAGAACAUUGCUGAUAGCCUGGGCCAAGCGGCUGUGUCUGGAAACCUUAGCCAAUCCAUUGGCUUCAACGUGUCCUCUAUGGGGAUCACACCGCCAGCUCCCCCACCCACUGACGCAGCAUGGAGUGAGGUUGCCAGCGAGGAAGUGAGCAGGGAAGAGCCCGCACCUAGCUUUGUGUCCAGCGUGUCCAAGCUGAGGGUGAUGGCAGAACCGGUGGCUGGGCAGUUCGGAGGCCUCCUUACCCAGCAGCCCAGCAUCAUGGCCCUCGAUGAGCAGGAUAACUGUGUGUCUGUGGGAGUUACUUCGCUCACAAUGACCGCCAACCUGAGAGACUCCAGUGGCAGCAGCAUUUCCGGGCUAGAGGGGAACACCACUAUAUCCUUUAAAGACUGCUGGGCUAACUACACGGAUCUGUCCAUCACUGCUGUCGGUGACAACAUGAUGCUGGCCUUCACUUUGAAUGCGGUGAAUACUCAGUCCAGAUCCUUCACAGUUAAAGCGACUCCCACCAGUGUAGCCCCAACCACAACAACAGUCAGCAGCCAAAACACAGAAGGCAUAGACUAUGAGUUCCCUAGCAUCUUCGAUUCUGGUUCACCAAUGAAAUCAAACAAUCUGUACUUAUUUGCACUCAUUUGCUCUUUGGCCCUAGCGCUUUUAAGAUAUUAGACCAUACUCUUCUAUAACAUCACGUGUGGGUGUUGAACAAAACUACAACAAACUAUUAACAUGACAUAACCAAUUAUUAUUUUAAGGAUGAUCAAAUCAUUCAAUAUUUUCUAGCUAAAUUUUUGCACGUCUUGUGUCAUUUAGGCUACCUCUGCAAGCUGUUAUGAUGAUGAGCUGUGUCAUAAUAAUGAACUACUGGCUUGAGAACUGUUCAUUUCUCAAUUAUGUCAUUUUCUCUGAAUGUAACCGUAAAAAUUGGGAUUUGUUUGUGGGAAUGUCAAAGUGGUGUCUGAAUGUUAUCUGUAAUUCUACUUUUUAAAAAAUUACUUGAAAUUUAUUGUUCUUAAAAUCGCUGUUCUUCAAAUCUCUAUUUUCUGAAUAAAUGAAGUAUCCAGUUGUAAUUGUUUCAUCCAUUCACUUGUUUUAUAUGACUACCAGCAAAGACGUAUAUAAAGGCCCCACGAGCAGACGUAAGCCCUAUAUCUUUGCAAAAUGGGGAACAAAGGUUCCAAUCCAACAACACUGGCCUGGCACAAGAGUCCCACAGGGGACAGACAGUGUGCUACUGAGGGAAGGCUUUGAAGGCGGUCAAUGGCUUAGUUUAAUUUUGGGCAGAUGGUUUGCACAUUGGUUUGCACAUUUGUAACAAGACCCCACAGCAUCGACCCAGUAGGGAUGGGCCACAGAGGACACCAUGAGUGCAUUGGGACACAUGCUCACAGUGAAUGGCCAUAAAAACGUCUCGCUUCCAUGAACUAAAAUUUGAAUACAGAAUAUACAUAUGAAGUGAGGCAGUGCAUAUUCAGAAAAGGUAUGAGUGAUAAAGUGGAACACAUGGGGUGAAAGAUGGCAGAGAGAUAAAAAAGGGAAAGAGUACGGAGAAGUCAUCUUGAAUACUCACAUGCUCUGCUGCUGACAUAACAUGGUUAUCACACUCAUUUAAAAAUGUACAUAAUUAUUUCAAUUAUAAUUUUACAACAAUAAGGAAGUCACGGAAAGGAACUCGUUUGAAUAAAGAACUAAGGUAAUCCAUUCAUCUCCCUUCUGUUAUAAUUCCAUUACAGUGAGUGAAAGUCGUUAUGUCCCAUCAGUAUCACAUUUUGUUCAGAUGUUAAGUUUAACAUUUAUUAUUUACACAGAAAACAAAUGUACAUUCUUCAGUUCUUAAUAAUGAAUAAAUUAUUGGCUUAUUACUGAAAAAUGGAGGCUCUUUUGUGCAGGAUAAGAAGCAAGAAACUCGUAAAAUCAGUAAUAUUUUAUAUAUUUAAAAAUCAUAACAGUUCUCAAACAGAAUUAACUUAUCUCAUAAAAGUGAACAAUUUGUAUAAUAAAUCUGUAUCUAUCUGUCCAUUAAUGUGUAUAUAUUAUUUUCAUUUGGAUUAUUUAUAUAUACUGUACUUAUCUGCAUACAUACACAUCAUAAAACACUUAUAAUGUCAGGACAUUGAGAAGAGAAGUUGAAAUAAAACACCUCAUUAGAAAAACAUUCAAUUACAUAAAUCACACUUCCUGCUUCCUUCAAGACUGCCCCCUGGUGGCACAGUUAAAAU